AUGCCGGUCUCGCAUUUGGGCCUCACGGUCUCUCAUAUCCCCUCGGCCACAUCCUUCUACCUUGCGGCCCUCCAGCCGCUCGGGUACCGGUACAUCGGACACCAGGGCAAUUCCAUUGGCUUGGGAAUCGAUUCCGCCGAUUUCUUCCUGACGCAGUCGCCCAUCGGGUUCGUCUCCUCUGCCAAAGUCAACUCUGUAAUAAUUGCGGGCUGAUCUUCAACACAGGACUCGUCCCUCGCCCAAUCACAUUGCUUUCCUGGCAGAAAGCCGUCUGGUCGUGCGGGAAUGCUAUGCGUCUGCUCUGAAUUCUGGCGCACUCCCGAGCGGCGCUCCGAACUAUCGCAACGCCGACUGUUCUUGUUUCAACGCCGCGGUGGAGGAUCUGGAUGGCAACACCGUGGAGUUCAUCUUUCGACAACCGCACGGGGAGGGGGCUUGCUGCGAGACGGCGGCGCCCUCGCAGGGUUCCAGAGUGUUGACCUGGCAGAACGACGUGGCUGGAAGCGCUGGCCCGGACGACGCUCGUUCGCUUGCUCCGACCAUGGUAUCGCAGGGCUCCUUGGCUUCCAAGACGUCUCGCAAGUCGAGGAUGCAGACGGCGCUGGACCUGGCCUCGACGACUUCCAAGCCUGCCAAAUCCGAGGCGCCCACGCAGGGCAUUUCGAGAUCCAGCACCGCGCCGGCCAAAUCGGAUUUCCCGGGCAAAGCACUCCUGGGGACUGCUCUGGGCGCUGCCGCCGGCGCCGCACUCCUGUACGCCAUGACCAAGGCCGAAUCCGCCAACGCCAAGGAGGAAGCGGAUCAUCUCGCGUACAUGGCCUCCAAGCCUCGCUCUCAUGCUCGUUCUCCUUCUCGUUCCCGUGCUUCGGCGGAUGAGCCACGACCUCCACCACCUCGCGCGGAGACCGUCCCUCCGUCCGUGAAUGCUUUCGCCCAAAUGCCACCCCAGACCGUCUUCUCCCAGGCCCCGCGGUCCGAGAGGGAGACGAGGAGAUUCCACCGCAACUUCAGCACCACCGAAUCCGUCUUCAGCCGGCCUCCUCGCGCCCCGACCAACGCCAUGCGCAUGAUCGAGGCCACGGGCCACAACGACCAAGACGACGACGUGCAGGAAUUCAUGCGGAGCCACAAUAACCUCCGCCCCCAACCCACGCGCAGCAGGACGUACGACGAGCAAGACUGCGUCUCCGCCAUGCCGCCACCUUCCACCCACUCCACCAUCAAGCGAGCGAGCACCCUCCCCGUCGAAGACGCCAAUCGCCCCGACGACCACCACCACCACCUCGAACUCCCACCGCCCAAGCCCAAAUCCAGCGUUUCCCGACAUAGCGGCAGUCGCGCUCCCGAAGCCCCUCGCAGCUACCAUGCACCCCCUCCUCCUCCUCCUCCUCCUCCUUCUUCUGCCUCUGCCUCUUCUCGUCAUCGCCGCAGUAGUCGCGACGACCACCACCACCACCCAGACGGCGACCUGAAACGCCACGAUAGCGGUAUCAGCAUGCAUUCCCACCGCUCCCGCCGCGACCGAGACCGCGGCAGCGACACCGGCGGAGGCCGCCGCUCCUCGGCCGCCAGCACCCUCAAGCCUGCCUCGCAUCGCAGGGAUUCCGCCAUUGCCGCUGCCGCCGCCGCCGCCGCCGCCGCCGCAGCUGCGGAUCCCAAAGCCAGCCGAGCCCCGAGUUCCUGCUACUUCCCCGCCGCCAUCUCCCUGCCGCCUUCCGCAGGCGGUGGCGGUGAGGAUGACGACGACCGCGAGAGCAAAAUCACCGCUUUCCGCGACCAACACCAUGUACCGCCACCGCCACCAGUGCUCGACCCCGUCGCUUCCAAGCAGAGCUGGGAAGACUUCGUGCCCGAGGGGGAAGAAGACGAGAGCCACGACGACGACGACGACGACGGGCUAGGCGACGUCAAGACCGUUUUACCCGAGGAUUCCAUUUCGUGUGUGGAUCUCGGGAAGCAGCAGCAGCAGCAAAGGCGGAGGCGGCAUCGGAGUCGUCGGGAGCAGCGUGAUGAUGGGGACGAGAGGGGUUCGCGGGCGAGUGGGGGGAGGAGGAGUGAUGUGACGACGGUGAGACCGAUCGCGAAGGAAGAGAAGGAAAAAGAGGGUAAAGGGAGUGUGUUUAGUAUUGCGCGCAGGAAUGGGAAGAGGAGUUUAUUGGGAUUUUGA